AGUGUUCAUCCAUAGGCAAGGAGGUGCUAUUUCGUGUUAAUAAGUUGUACUUAUGUUGUGUGUGAUUUAUGUUUCAAAUAAAUAGGGCACUUAGUUGUGCCUCUAAUAUGUUUAUAUUCUGAGGUACUUUAUUGUGCCUGACAUAGUAUGUGGCUUUUCUCUUUGUAAUGUUUGCCUUCAAGUAUAAAACGGCUGGCACCUCUUAAUUUGUUCAACACGUCUAUGCCAUGCAGUCAAUAAGACAACUCUGCAAAACCGGCCAUACUAACUCACUACAGCCCUUUCUUACUAUAAAUACUCGCAUUUCCACAAUGACAAACCACAGCCUUUUUAGUCCAAGAAAACAAAGAAGCGUUACUUUACUUCAAGAAUCUUCUUUUUCACUUCAAGAAUGGCUGGUGAUCAAGUAACCCUGUUGAAUUUCUGGGCAAGUCCAUUUGGUAUGAGAGUGAGAAUAGCAUUGGCUGAAAAGGGUGUAAAGUAUGAGUACGGCGAACAAGAUUUGAGGAACAAAACUGCUUUACUUCUUCAAAUGAAUCCUGUUCACUCGAAAAUCCUAGUUCUUGUCCAUAAUGGGAAACCUGCUUGUGAGUCACUUAUCAUUGUUCAGUAUAUUAAUGAGGCGUGGAAGGACAAGGCUCCUUUGUUGCCUUCUGAUCCUUACCAGGGAGCUCUGUCAAGGUUCUGGGCAGAUUUUGUUGACAAAAAGAUAUAUGACCUCGGGAGGAAGAUAUGGACAACAAAAAGAGAAGAUCAGGAGUCAGCCAAGAAGGAUUUCAUUGAUAGCCUCAAGCUGUUGGAAGGAGAGCUUGGAGACAAGCCUUACUUUGGGGGCGACACCCUCGGCUACGUUGAUGUAGCACUACUUCCUUUCUAUUGCUGGUUUUAUGCCUAUGAAACCAUCGGCAACUUCAAUAUAGAGGCUGAUUGUCCGAAGCUGAUUGCUUACUGCAAGAGGUGCUUGCAGAAAGAGAGUGUAUCCAAGUCUCUUGAAGAUCCACAGAAAGUCUCUGAUUUCGUUGUGAUGAUGAGAAAGAAGCUUGGGCUUGAGUGAUGUGGUUUUUCUCUUUGUGACGUUUGCCUUCAUGUAAAAAGACGGUCUUCCUUGCCCAUUGGUUCUUGAUAAAUAUAGAUAUUUAUCAUCUUAUCUAAAA